AUGAUUAAAUUUUUAAAAUCAAAAAUAAAAAUUUUAAAAAAAUUAAAUAUACCAUUUUUAUUAUAUUUUUCUAGUAAAUAUAAUUAUAAAUUAAAAAAAUUUAAAAUUUUAUAUAAAUCUUAUUUUGAUUUAAAAUUAAAAUUUAUUAGAUAUAUAUGUUAUAAUUAUUGUAUAACAUUUAAACAAUAUUUAUAUUAUAGAAAAAAAAUUAAUAAAUAUGAUAAUAUAUAUUUUAAAUUAUUAAGUUUUUUAGAAUUAAGAUUAGAUGUAUUUUUAGUUAAUGUAGGAUUUUUUAAAACUAUAUUACAAUCUAGAUAUUAUAUAAAAUAUAAAAAUAUUUAUAUUAAUAAUAUUUAUUGUAAAUAUUAUAAUAUGAAAUUAAAAUAUAAAGAUAUAAUUUUUUUUAAUUUUAAAAUUAAAUAUAUAAUAUUGAAAAAUUUAAUAUAUAAAUAUAAUAUUUAUAUUUAUAUUUUAAAUUUAUAUAAGUAUAAUUUUAUUAAAAUUUAUAGUUUUAAUAAAUAUUUUUUAUAUGUAUAUAUAAUUUAA